CAGUUUGAUUUGCAUUUGUUUAGUUUGGUUGAUGAUUUAUUUUCUUUUUAAUUUUUGAACAAAUACUUCGAGAAAAUAUCUGCCAUUAUUAUAAAUAUUAUUAAAACAUCAUAGAAGACUACUUACCUAUUGAGUUAAGAGUUUAUAGGUAUAAAGUGCUAAAUAGACACCAUGGAGGAUGAAAUAGAAGAAAUUGAAGCUAGACCACAGAGUGCGAGGCGGAACUUGACGCUGAGGAACAAUGCAGCUAGGCAGGUUGCUGUCAACUUUAUGCCUUCUAGGCAACUGCCAUACAAUACACUACGACUCCGUCGAAAUACUUCGGAGCACAAUGCACUACUGGAAGAGGUGGACGCUGCGGAGUCCGACGCGCCCGACUCGGCGGAUAAGCAGGCUGAUAUCAUCGUGCGGGAGAUGGAACAGCACCAGCGUCUGAUGGAGGACGAUCCGGUGGCUGAGGAGUUGAGGAGAGAGGCUUUAAGAGAUCUUCCCCAAGGUCUGACGAUGAAGAGGAACGUGCGCGCCAAACUGUCGGCGUCUGUCAGCCUCCGGUCGAAGAGAAGACCCAUCUCAAUGUGGAAACGGAUGAAAUAUCGAAUUGGGUUUGCGUGGAAGAGGCUCAAAGACCGGUGUCGCGACGUGGUCUUCUCCUUCGAGUUCUGGUACGAGCCCAUCCGUCAGAUAGAAGGCCACUUCGGUUCUGCAGUGGGCUCCUACUUCUACUUCCUCCGCUGGCUGUUCGCGCUUGACCUGUUGCUGGCUACCCUGGUGGUGGCCUUCGUGGUCAUACCUCAAGCGUUGCAUGAUGAGACGAGGGCGGAUAGAGUGCAGUUGACCUUCUUGGAUUUUAUUACUGGCAAAGGUGGUCUGACUGACUCGCUGCUGUUCUAUGGACACUACCACGACGGCCCCAUUUCGACUCAGUCUUCGAUGACAUACAACAUGGCGUUCGCUUACUUCUUCACCAUGGUCUGCUUGUAUCUCAUGUUCUUUGCAGUACUCUGUUAUAGGACAGCAUAUUCGUACCGCCUCAACUUCAUAGAGACAUCGGGAGGCCUGAGCCACGUGUUUGCCAACAAGGUGUUCUGCGGGUGGGACUUCGGCGUCGUCACACCUGAGGCUGCCAAACUUAAUGCCAACAGCCUUUACAACGAGUUCAAGGAACUUCUAAGUGAACAGAACCGCAAGCAAGCAGCCACAUCAUGGCUAACCAAGCUCGGCCAGUACGCUACCAACGUGAUCAUCAGCGUGUUCGUGCUGGCCCUCAUAGGGCUGAUCGAGUGGGGGCUGUGGCUGCUGCUGGGCUGGCGCAGCGGGGUGCAGCACUGGGAGCUGUGCGUGUCCGUCAUCGUGACUGUCUGCGUCACCGUGUGCCCGCUCAUGCUGCAUGUGCUGGUCAAAUUGGAGUUCUACUCCCCGCGUACAGCACUGUAUGUGACGCUGGCCCGCACGUGGCUACUAGACGUCGGGACUCUCAUGUUACUGCUCGUCUACUGGUCGCAGGCACAUGCUGGACAGUGCUGGGAAACAUCGUUCGGUCAGGAGGCGUACCGGCUGGUGUUGCUAGACUCCGUCGUAUCUUUGUUUGUGUUGCCACUUAUUGAGUUCACUAGGGGCUUAAUUUAUAACUGGAGUAAAUCAGAAAGUGCUCCAGAGUUCAACAUCGCAUACAACUCCCUGACGCUGAUCUACAACCAGGCAGUGCUGUGGUUCGGCAUGGUGUUCAGCCCGCUGCUGGCGGUGGCCGUCACCCUCAAGCUGCUGCUGCUCUUCUACAUCAAGCGCGAGUGUGCUCUCAGGGCCUGCCAGCCUGCUAGGAAGGUAUGGCGUGCUGCUCAAACUCAAACAGUGCUGUACAUGUUCGUCACACUAUCAUUAUUCACCACCCUCUUUGGCAUUGGAUCACUAUUCUUUAGAACAUCUAGCCACGCAUGCGGUCCAUUCCGCGGCUACUCGCACGUGUACGGCGUGGUGAGCGAGGGCGUGCUGCGGCUGCAGCAGCGGCCGGCGCUGCGGGCCGUGCUCGGCUUCAUCGUGAGGCCAGGGGUUAUUGGCUUUGUUAUGCUGUUUUUGUGUGUAUCAGUAUACUACAUGCGUGCUAAAGCCCUGGCGCAGCGCUCCAUGGUGCAGCUGCUGCGGCACAUGCUGGUGCUGCAGGCCAAGGACAAGGACUUCCUGCUCACCGCCAUCUCUAAUGUGUCUAAUGGAGAAUGGCUAUACAGUCCAAAACCAGACGAGGGUCCAGACAGCCACACAUUCAAGUACCUCCGCGAGGUCCGCAAGCCCUCCAACUCCGGCUUCCACUUCGACGCCUCGCGCCUCAGCCACUCCCUCAUAGAAGGCAGACCACGGUCCUUCGCCAAGGAGAACAGGACCUCACAUUAUGAUAAGAAGCCUGAAGAUGGGGACACGGAUAGUUCCUUCAGUUGGCAAGGGUCUAAUAAUUAUUUGAACAGCGAAGGGGAUAAGCAGUGGCCUUGAAUUUUUAUAUAUUUCUUUAUUAUAAUGUGCAAUCUUUGAUGAGAUAUUCUGUCUGUGGUCUCAGUAUUUGAAUAAUGGUCUAUUGCUAUUUUGUUGUAACUAAUUCUUACUAGCUUAUGUUAAAAUGUGAAAGUAACUCUGUCUGUCCGAUAAUACAGGACUGGUUUAGAUGGAUAAAGAUGGAAAUCUAUGGUUUUUGAAUAGGGAACUGAUAGUUUGCUUAGAAUUAUAGAUAUUAACCUAAGGAAGUGAGACCAAGAGAAAUGACUGGUAAUGAAAUAAAGAAAAAAUCAAACUAUCAGACAUUAAUGGAUCUAUGUACCAAACCUAUGUAACUACUUAUGAACAGAGUUUUUGUGUCAUAGUGAAUUUUAAUUAUGGACCUGCUUCGUUUCGUCCACAAGGUUUUGUAACGUAAGGUUGUAAUAUAAAAAAUCGGUAAAAAAGCUUUUAAGUUAAACGGUUUUAUCUUAUGUGUACUGAAAACUAGAAAAUAAAAAAAUAGUUACUUACCUGUCAACCUACGUAGGUGGUCCCGGUCAUAUUAAACUAAAAUAAAAACGUGGGGCCCAUUAACUAUUGCUGUAGUACUUUCUUCUAGAGGUAUAAUAGGUGUGGAUUGCAUGGAGUUACUACAAUCGUAACUGGAGAUUUUGAUAAUCAAUAAUCAGCCGUAGCGGCUUCACCAACGAACGCCGAGCUCACGAUCUACCAAAGUAUAAAGAUAUGCUUUGCCAUAGGUAGGAUUUCACAGGGGCCCCACGUUUUUAUUUUAGUUUAAUAUGACCGGGACCACCUACGUAAGUUGACAGGUAAGUAACUAUUUUUUUAUUUUCUAGUUUUCAGUACACAUAAGAUAAAACCGUUUAACUUAAAAGUUUUUUUACCGAUUUUUUAUUUUCUAGUUUUUAGUAUUUAAUGAAAAUGCCUACCGAAUAUUCCUCAUUCUAUCUAAUUCAUUUAGUGCAUCAUUAUUACACGGUCUCUUACCUGACAAUUUAUUACAAUCUAAUUCCUCAAUACAUAGCCCUUCCAGAAACUUUUUUUUGUAACAACCCCAAAAAUCAUCACAUGACCUCUCCUGCUGUGGGUCAGCAGCGGUGAGGGAGUGCCAGACUCUUGACUAGAAACCGUUUUGUUCCGUCGUAGGCCUUUUAUGUACCAGGGCCGCGGUAACUCUUCCGAAGGCCUUGGCCCUGUUGGGCCCCGCUGGAGUUACUGACAGUAUAUACACUGACAGAUACCUACGUUAUCCGCCAUUUUGUAGCGGCCGCCAUCUUGGAUUUCAUUUUUUAUAGUAUAUUGUAUUCUGCUUGUUGAGCCCUCUCAUUUGAUACCCAUAUUGAUGGGAUUGAUAAAAUCUUAGUUAUCCGCCAUUUUGUAGAGGCCGCCAUCUUGGAUUUUAAUUGUAUAUAGUACAUUGUAUUCUACUGGUUGAGAACUUUCAUUUGAUACCCAUAUUGAUGGGAUUGAUAAAACCUAAGUUAUCCGCCAUUUUGUAGCGGCCGCCAUCUUGGAUUUAAAUUUUUUAUAGUAGGUAUAUUGUAUUCUGCUUGUUGAGCCCUUUCAUUUGAUACCCAUAUUGAUGGGAUUGAUAAAAUCUACGUUAUCCGCCAUUUUGUGCCGGCGGCCAUAUUGGAUUUACAAUGUUAUUGAUAUUACUAUAUUGUAUUGUCAUCGGAAUUAAAGGUGUAUACAAAAUUUCAGAUUAAUCGGAUGACAGGAAGAGGGUGAAAUUUGAAUUACUAAAUUUGACCCAAGAAUGAAUAAAACAAACGGGGUGAGCUAAAUAAAACCGUUUAAAAAAAUAUAAUUGACUUGUAUUAUACUUAACAUUAUAAUAUAUCUUAAUACUGCUGGUGCUACCUUGCAUUUAAAUUUUGUGAUAAUGAUAUGAUAGAGGACUUUCUAAAGUAUUAUAAUUCUAAUAACUUAUAGGUAUAACUUUAGGAGACUUGCCAAAACACCCCAGUUUAAGAAAAUUUAGAGAAUUAUUUUGUAAUACAAAUCAGUAUUUGUUUUAAAGUACUUAAUACGCUGUUCAGCGCAGUAUACUGUUACAAUAAUUUAAUUAACACAUUGGAUAUUGCCAACCAAGUGAUUUUCAGCAUACUUGAGAUGAUAAGUUAAUAUAUUUUUCUUUGCGUUCGUAAUAUUGCUAUUAGAAGCUUACAUUUUCAACUUUCCUUUACUGAAGAAUUUAUAUUUUAGUUCCUAUCUACGUGUUAUGUCAGAGAUUAUAAUUUGUUUAGUAAAGUUAAUGAACAUUGCUCUUCCUGAUGUCUUCCGGCGUUCUUCGAGGCUUAUUUAGAAAAUAAGAACUUUUAGGUCUUUUCAUUCUAUAUGUAAGAAUGGAUAUCGCCAAAAUUGAUUUAAAAUUAUUAUAGGUGCUCUUUGAUGAAGUUAUUCUAAUUUGUAACGCGACAUUUAUCGCGUUUUUUUGCGAAAUUAUAAGCAAUUCUAAAUUUGUAAAAUGCUUGUAUCAAAUAUGUUGAUUUUGCAACAGUAAGAAAACCAAAUAUUGAAGAAAUAUAAUAACAGUAUUACAUUAAAAUACUUGAAAUCUGCGAAGAUUUAGUAGAGCUGCGAAGUAAUAAUUGAAAUUAUAAAAUGAAAUAAAAUAUCCAUACAUUCAAUCGAAUGCAAUCCAUGUCAAUUUCUAGUUUAAGAGAAUUUAUUAUGCAUUUAUACUUAUAAUAUACGAUUUUUAUAAUUAGGAGAAUUUGCAAUUAAAAAUAUUUAUAAUAAA